AUGCGUCUCACACACAAGCCGACUGCAGAAUAUCACAACCAUCUCCAGGUGGGCUUCUUCCUCCUGACCGUGGUUUGCGUCUCGUCUUGGCCAAGCUUCCUCGGAGGACCGGCAGCGUGGCGCAGGCCUUCGAUUGCCCGAUCUGCCUCUGAGAUACCGGAGCGGGGCGGCCCGCGGGAGCCAGUGGAAGGCGUUGAAGGGGGCGAGCUGCCGGACUGGCUGAUGGAGGCCACCGGGGGGGUGCCGAAAGAAGCUCCCAGUGGCCGCGUGGACUUUGGUUGGGACUACCGAGUUGUCUCUGCGGUGAUUUUCGCGCUUGGCCUGCUGUACGUGGGAAUUCAAGGAUGA